CAACUACCAUCAACAGGAGCAUUAUCAAAAUUGUGUCCAUUUCUACUGCACGGAUGGAGAUAAUUCCAGGUUUACUAGAUGAGAUAGGAAGACAAUGUUUAAUUCGAGUUCCGUUCGAUCAAUUUCCGACGCUUACUUCCGUUUCAAGAAAAUGGAAACAAGAGAUCGAAUCGAAAGAAUUUCUUCAAGAAAGAAAAACAAGUGGGUUCAACCAGAGUCUUAUUGGACUAAUCCAAACUCAUCCGAUCACUUUUCUUACGCCAAAAAAAUCUGUAACUUCUACUGCACCGGCAUACCGUCUUGGUCUUUUUGAACCGGGUAAGGGGGAAUUGAAGGAGUUGCCGCCUAUUCCCGGUUGUGAAGAUGGUUUACCUCGCUUUUGUCACAGUGCCGGAGUUGGCCGGAAUAUUGUCGUUAUUGGCGGCUGGAAUACCAAAACCUGGGAACUUUUGAAUUCGGUUUAUAUUUACGAUUUAAGCACCGGGAUGUGGCGACGUGGUGUUGAUAUGCCUGGUGGUAAGAGAUCGUCUUUUGCUUGUGUGUCCGAUUUGAAUCGUAUGGUUUACAUCGCUGGUGGACACGACCAGGAAAAGAACACCUUGAGAUCUGCUCUAGCUUAUGAUGUUAUGGGUGAUGUAUGGUCCUCACUUCCUGACAUGGCAAGACCGAGAGAUGAAUGUAAGGGUUUGUUCUAUGCUGGCAAGUUCCACGUCAUAGGUGGGUAUGAAACUGAGAUGCAAGGAGAUUUUGACAAAUCAGCUGAAAUUUUUGACGUCAACACGUGGAAUUGGGAUUCGGAUGAAAAGGAUUUAUUAGAGACGGACGUGUGCCAUAAAACAUGUGUAUUCGAUCACCAAGGAAAUCUGUACAAAUGUGAUUCGACAUAUUUGGCAUGCUUGCAUGGUUCCACAUGGCAGCGGUUGAUCAGGCUUCCUUCGGAUGUACAUCUGGGAACUUUUAUUGCAACGUGGAAGGACAAAAUGUUUGUGAUUGGUGCAAAAAUCUUUGGCGGACUGCCAAAUUGUUAUGCGGUAGAGUUUGAGAAACAAAAUGGAACAAUUUCAUUGACAAAGUUGGAGAUGCCUGAAAAAUUUAUUGGCCCUGUACAAUUUGGUUGCAACUUAGAAUUGUAAAGUGAGAAUUAAUUUGAAUCAAGCUGCUGCUUACAAUAAAUCUCAUCUUAUUUAUGUGUUGGUAAGAUUUGUGGUAAGCAAUAGCUUAGCAUGGUAGCUUUAAGUUUGACUUUUUUUCUUCUUUUUUCGGACGAAGCUUUCAUUUUAACUGUAGUAUGAUGUAUGUUGAAUACUAUAUCGAUUGAAGCUUAAUAUUUAUUACCUAA